AGAAGGCAAUGUAUGUGUUGUACGACAAUAGUGUAGUGGUGCUGAUUGUCAUCUGGUGCAUUGGUCGUUGCAUUCUCGCCUGCAGGACUGGGACGCGGCCGCUGACCCGACACAUGCGGAUGCAUAAAUAGACUUGUGUCAACAUGGCAUCUUCAUUAUAAUACGAAAUACUUAAAAAUUGUUGUUUAAUAUGUUAAUUGUGAUGUAAGAAAUAAAUACGUACAAGAAAUUAAAAAAAAAAGUAAAAUAUAGAAAAUAUGGCUAAUAAAAAAAUACGAUGAUGUGAAAAGUAGUCGUUGGUAUAUAUAUGAAAUGGUCAGAAAAUCUUAUGCUAUGCAUAAUAUCCCGGCGUUUGAACAUUUCUGUAUACAAUGGUAUCGAAAAAAUGCUUCGAAAAUACUGACGACGAAGAUGAAUUACCAACAAUUGAUUGCAGAGAAAUUCGACGAAUAAUAUGUUCUUUAGCAGCUAAAGACCGCCUGUUGUCCGAGAGAGAGAGGCGGUUGAAUGAAAAGUUAUGCGAGUUGCAGUGUUGCAACGGGCCUAUAAUUAAUUGUAGGGGAAUUGAACAAAAAGUAGCAGUUAGUUUAGCUGAAAAGGAACAGGAGUUAUUAAAGAAAGAGAGACAAAUAAAUCAAAAACUCAAUAAAUUACGGUGUCGACAGGAUCUCGCAGUUAAAAAGCAGUUGCAGGCGGCAGCAAAAUUAAAAAUUGCUAGGAAACAACUUUUUACUGUGCUUGAAGCUAAAGAGAAGGUGGAAAAGUGCUGUAAUAAAAAAAGAAAGCAACAUAUUGAAGUUAAAGAGAAGGUGGAAAAGUGCUGUAAUAAAAAGAGAAAGCAAAAUAAAAAGAAAAAGAGAAAACAUAGUAAGGAGAAACGAAGUUUUACCUCAAAGAUAUUUCAUUGCCUGUUGAAGCCAACGAGAAAUAGUAAGAAAGGAAAAGCUAAAGUGAUAUCAUUUUUCAAAUAUUUGGUAGGGAAACCAUGUCCUUGUAUGCAGCCUGGGACAAAUAAAAGAUUGGGUCCUUUUAGUCAAAGGUUACUUGGAGUUUUACCAUGUGGAUGUGUACCACAUUGGUCAUCAAGGCGCCCCGUGGCGCACAGGAGCCGCUGGUCUGCUGCCGCGGGGGACUGCUACCUGAUGACCCUGAGAAACCCCCCACAUCCGUGGCUGUACCAUCGCUGGCCUAUGUUUUAUCCUCACUAUUUGAGCUUACGCCACCAGUGGAGGAACCUGGGUUACGUACUAUUAUUCUUGGCUGGCAUUGUCUUCUGGACACCUUUAUUACUUUGUUUGUACUUAUGCAUAUGCAUCUGCUGUUCUGACUGUCAUUAAAUGUUUAUUUAUUGCUCCUUGCA